ACUUCCUUGACAGGCGACGCAGGUGGGAGGACGUGUGAGUAAAUGGUCUCACGGAAAUUAUCAUUUUUCUGGAAGAAAUUGUUUAAUAGAAGUUUAAAUCUGUCAUAAAAUAUAUUCUCUCAAUCACAUGCAACAAAUUCGGACGGCGGACACAGGUGACCCUGGGGCCAGACAUCCGUCGCCCGAGCUGGAGCCUGCAUCAAGAUGGCUGCCGAGCGCCCGACACGACUGCAGGCGGGUGUUGUAGAAGCUGAUCCUGUAGUUCAGCUGGUGCCAACAGAAGAGGCAGUUGUGGAGGACGGUUCAUCUAAACAUUUGGCUCCCCCACUGAUAGCGAAGCCUAAGUUAGGGGGGGCUGAUACUUCAAAGAAGCACAAAGUCAAGGAACACAAGAUUGAAGAGCCACGUGUUAGACGUAUAUUUGUAGAAGCCUUUGGCCCGCCAAUUCAGAUGACUACCAUAGAUUCACCAGAUCCAAAAAAGUCAUCUUCUACAUCACCUCUAAUAAACAAACUUCCGGAUAAGGGCAAACAAUCUGGAAAAUCUUCUCGCCCUAAAGACAAAUAUGAUGAAAGUUCAAGCAGCUCGAAAGAUCGGCCCCGGGACUACAAGAAGAGCAAGGAUAAAUCAUUGUCUUCUGCAUCCAAACAUUCGUCUCCACCUUUCAAGCCCACACCCCCUUCACCCCCGCCACUUUUAAAACCAGACAAAGACAAUAGUAGAAAGCCAUCGCAUGAGGAAGGAAGCAAGGAACCAAAGUCUUCUUCAAGUGUGGAAACUAGCAGGGGUGAGAAGAAAAAGAAUGACAAAAGAAACAAAUAUGAAAAAGCAGCAAAGAAGGAGAGACAUAGAGACAGAGAACAUGGUGAGAAAAAACAUUCAACUGAAAAAGUUUAUAAACAGGAUAAAGCAUUUAAAAUUGAAAUAAAUGAUAAGCAUGAGAAAACUAGCACUGAAAAUGAUAGAUUCAGAAAGUCUGAGAAAAUCGAGAAGAACAGUGUCAAAGAAACCAAGGAAAAAGAAAACAGUUCUAAUGAGAAAUCAGUGAAAGAUGCUGCUAAAUCUAGGGAGAGAGAGAAAGAAAAGGAAAAAGAAAAGGAAAAAGAAAAGGCUAGAGUAAAGGACAGAGAUAAAUACAAGGAAAAGGAAAAAGAGAAGGAGAAAGAAAAACAUUCUAGAGGAGAUAGAGACAAGGAAAAAGACAAAGAAAAACAUUGCAGAGGAGAAAGAUACAAGGAAAAAGACAAAGAAAAAUAUUCUAGAGGAGAUAGAUACAAGGAAAAAGACAAAGAGAAACAAAGGCACAAACACAAAAAAAAGGAUAAAAAAGACAGGAAAUAUGAUAGCACGGGGUUUAAAGACCGUGAGAAGGAUAGAGAAAAAUCGGCUAAAAAAGACCACAAAAAAUAUGGAGUUGGUUUUGAAUCACCUGAAAGCACCACAGAGAUUCCAAACAGAAAAAAGUCAAGAAGUCCAUCUCCUAUCAUUCCCUCAACAGUUCCUAGAGAGUGGUCUCCUGAAAGACGUCUGACGAAACUACCGGAUCAGACACCGGUAUGGACGGCUUCUUCACCAGAUGCGGUGGCAGGAUGGAACUCUCCUCCGAGCGUGGUUGAGCCGGAGAUCAGCGUGGGCGCCCACACGAGCGGCUGGCCGGGCGCCAGCAAGCUGAAGGAAAAGUCCAGAUCCAAAAAGAAGAAGAAAGAGCGGAAAAACAAGAAGCAUGGGGAAAAGGCGGAGAAGCAGAGGAAAAGGGAAAGCAGCACAAGACACAAGUUGUAUGAGAGCGAACCAGUGGUGAAGAUGCCGAGGGUGGACCAGGAGACGGCCAAAGCAGCGGACGAGAAGCCGGGAACAUCUUGGAUGGAAGACGAGGACGCCGGCUGCUCCAGUGUCACGGAGGAGUUUGGGGUCCCGCCUGCCUCCGAGUGCUUCACUCCGGACUACGUGUCGCAGCUGAUGGACUUGCAGCACAAGAUCAUGACCUUGGAGGACAGCACUGAGAUUCAGAUGGUGGUGGACAUCAUCGCUGAGACGGGCCAGUACGAUAUCAACCAGGAGACGCUUGACUUUGACCUGUGUGCUUUAGAUAGGAUGACGGUGGAGAGACUGCAAGCACUCUUCGCUGCUUCUACGUGACUGCGUAGUUGAAUGACAUUGUGUUUGUCUACAUUAACGUAGCUUGUCUGUAUAUCGUGAGUGGCAAAGAUACGAUUUUUCUGCAGUUGAAUGCAUGGGAUCACUAAAAACAAGUAUUUUCCUUUAUGAUACAUUUAUUAGUAUUUUUGGGAUGGUUGUGGUUAAAUCUACCGGCUAGUUGAAAUACACUUAUAUGACACAAAACACUGCAAAACUUGUCUAAUAGUUGAUUAGAUGUUCACUUCAUUCUAAAUUGUAUAGAAUUAUCUUUCUUGCCCUUAAAUGAACUAUUUGUAUGUGUGAGUGACUGUACUGCAGAUGCAAAGAAGUUAAUACAAUUAUAUUACUGGCAAA